CUUGUCAUUGGAUAUUGAAAAUUGAAAUUUUAAAAUUGCUCUGAGACGCUUAACGCAAACGAUAUAUUUAAAAUUGAAUACCUCUUAAUAAUACAGUAUUAGAAAACAUUACAAUGACUUCCAUGCCAUCCGAUUCGGAAUCAAACGUUAGUGGAUUUAUAAGAUACAGCGAUAAAGAUUUCAAACAUCUUUAUACAUCUAUGAUAGAGAAUAUGGAGAUUAUCAACCAAGAUCUUUUACAAAUAGAAAAGAACAUGAAGAGUAUUGUACAGCAGUCUGGUCCAUUAGAGAGCCAACUUUCAGUCCUACUACAAUCCCUGCCAAAACAAAAUCUCAACCUGCCUAUGGAGACUGAAUAAACAUAUUUAAUAUUGAAAUAUAUUAAUUAUUAACUCAAUUAAUAGCAUAUAAAAAUCUCUUUUUUGUUACAAUCACUCAUAAGAAAAUAUUUUAAAUUAUUAUGUUUGUAAGUAUAUCAUAGUCCAAUAGUUUUUGAAAUAUAUCAAAUCACUAUGUUGUUACAUCAUGAUUUGGGAAUGUUAACUUUUAUUGUAAUAUAGGAAAAUUGUUUUUGUAAUUAUAAUAUAUAAUUAGAUUUCGUUUAUAAGAGUUAUAAUAUAUUGUAUUAGGGAAUUAUCUAAGUU